UUCCCUGUGCUUUGUCGUGUUCACUUUCUUUAAUUCCCACCACACCACCACCUCCCCCCUCUCUCUCCGUCUCUCACUCCUAGGGAGACUUACGCCUACCUACGGUAUAGUCAUUGCAAUGCAUCAAUAAUAACCCUACCACCACCACCACCACUAUCAUUAUCAUUAUCAUCACCACCAAAAUACUACAACAAUAAUAAAUAAUCAUGUCGCUCCUUCUUACCAACCGCCCCACCGCGGCGCUGCUGUUCGCUCUCCUCCUGCUGAACUUCUACCUCUUUCAUCGACUGCUUCGCCAGCCGGUGAUUGAUCUCCAGACGACUAUUACUUCCACGCCGAUUCUUACUUCCUCUUCCUCGUCCUCGUCCUCGUCCUCGUCCUCUGCUGCUUCCUCUUCGAUAGCGGGGCAAGAUCUACUACCAUCAAUACUACCAACAUCCUCACCAACAUCCACCUCCACCUCCACCUCUACAACCACAAUCACCACAACCACCACCACCGCCCCCUCCUCACCCACAACAAUCCCACCACAAGAAAAACAGAAAGAAAAAAGAAUCCCCCUCAAACUCUGGCAAAAAACCGGUCCACGGGGCCUGAUCCCCCCGACACCAGAAUACAUCUCCACCUGGACGACGCUCAACCCAUCAUUACGGCACGAGAUCCUCAGCGACGAGAGCAGCACGGCGUACGUGACGAGCACAUACACGACUCUCUGGCCGGAGGUGGCGGCGCUGUACAACGCGAUCCAGGUGCCGAUCGUCAAAGCGGACCUUCUGCGUCUGUUGAUUUUGUAUGCGGACGGGGGGAUCUGGAGUGAUUUGGACGUGGGGUGUGAGAGGCCUACCCGGGUAGGGAGAAAAGCAGGCGAUGUGAAUGUGGUCGUGGGGUUGGAGUUCGACGGGUGGCAGUUUGCCAGCUGGACGGUGAUGGCGACGGCCGGGUCGGGACACAUGCGGGCGGCGAUCGAGUACGUGAUGGGGCAGAUGGGGGGCAUUGCGCGGGCGAACAAUGUCACGAUGGAGGGGGUGACCAUGGAGAUGAUUCCGGACGUGGUCGACGCGAGCGGGCCGCAGGCCAUCACGGUGGCUCUCCUGCAGAGUCUGAGUCGCGAGUUGGCGCAGCCCGUGGGCAGGGCCAAUAUCAGCCAGAUCAGGGAGCCGACGCUGCUGGGCGAUGUGCUGGUCUUGCCGCAGGCUGCGUUUGCGGCACGCCAGGGCGGAUAUCCCACCGACCAGGGGCCGUAUCUGGUGUCGCAUCAUUACGCGGGGUCGUGGAAGAAUCAGCAGGGAGGGGAGGAGGGAGCGCAAUGAUGGAGGGGCAUGUAUAGGUAUGUGAUAUGUACAGUAUAGUGGAUGCAUGAUUAGUAGACAUAAUGUUGGUUAUCCAGGCCAUGGUUUCCGAUGGGAAUAGAUGCUCGUCUGCCAGCAGACACGUUCCAAAGCGCUUCUAAUGCGCAUGCACCCAUUCGGGCGUCUCGCAGGGGUGGCUGUCGCGCCAGUCCUGGAUCUUGCGCACGUUCCAGCCGGACACCCACUGCUUGCCGUCGUCUUCGCGCUUCGCCCCCCGCUUGAAUGCAUCCGUCAGUACGUGACAUUCUUCGCCGUUGUACCGGUACUGGAAGCACGCCUCCAUGGUGAGGCAGCUGUCGCGGCAUUGCUCCAGCGUGGGGGUGAUGUCCCCGGGG